CAGGCGGAAACGCUGCGCUUUUUCUGCUCCUCUUCUUCCCAAAAUAUUACACGAUGACUGCCUUAGUGCGCAAGGCGCCUUGGUUUUUUCUUGGCUUACCCCUGAGUAUAGUCGUCGAUCGAUCUCUUGGCGAGCGUGGAGAAGUUUUGUUUUGGUCUGGGCAAUGGCCUUGCUGACCCCAUGCAAGGAGAGGGGGGGGAUCUCUCAGCUGUUGUCGCGUGUCUCUCGUGUUUGGUGGGUUCGUAAGAAAGAGGGCCCCUUUGCUGUGCUCUGGUCUCGAAAUGAGGUUUCACUUUGCCCUUGAGGAAUGGAUUUGCUGCAGGGUUGACACUGACGCCUCGAAAGGCCUCGACCCGCGGACUCCAUGAGAAUCUGCCUACCCACUAAAGUUCUCCAUUUGCUGACUGUUACAGCGGCCAGCCAGCGACGCCUCUGCCUGAAGCUUCCCGCUGAGUAUCCAGAGUGACCAGUAAAAGCUUGAAUAUUCAUCAGCGCAAUGACGCGCGCCACAGAUAAAAUACUGUUCUACAGAGUUACAAUGAUCUGAUUCUUGCUGACGGGGAAUCAGGCACCAACAUGUCUCUGGGUAUUUUUACUUGCUGCUCCUUCACAAGGAAAUACGUAAGCAAGGAUGCAGAUUAUCCAUACGAGAAAGGAAUUGAGCCGCCCUAGCCGAGGUGGUCAGAAACUGGCCCCAACAUCUGACAUUCCAAUUCAGGAUGCGAUUCAUGAUCCCCAAUUUCUAUGGCUGUUCAAGCAAAGGACUUUUGCUCGCGUGACUACGCCGCUUCCAAUGAUCGACGCUUUUGCACAAAAAUCAAGGAAAUAGUUAUAAACCUCACAAAUGUGGCUGCUGCACGUUUACGUGUCACGAUUAUUAUCCCCAGGCCUACGGUACGAAUCAAGGUUACCGGCACUUCCGCCAACGUACGUCAUUGCCUCUGUUCCCCGGAUUUUUCCAUGGUGAUAGCCACAGUGGCGUCCGGUUACCCGGCACAACGGCCUAGCCACUGGAGCUGGUUGCUGUACAAGAUCUACGGUAGUGCUGUCAGAUUGAUUGACAGUUUUACUUGGUUUAAAAGUUUGUUUGGUACGGUGCUCAGUUGCUAUGGUCGUUACGCUGCUUUUUCCACUUUUCGUGGCAGUGUUUAUCGUCUGAUUCUGCCUGAAGGAUUCGGGAGCCUGGGCGGAAUUGGAUCGUAACUCUGAGACAUCUAUUUCGAGAUGUCGGUAAAGGAAUUGGUUAGGGUCCGGACUAACCCGAUGCUCUCCCUUUCCGUGGUUCUGGAAGUUCCGUCAAGGGUUCCAGACAUAAAGCGGUCCAUUCCGCUAAAUUCCAAGUGACACCUUGGCUCGUUCAAUUGUGUCACUUUACGGUCGUUCAGCCGAAGCUUACGGUGUCAGGCAUGCUAUUAUAUAGCCGAGCGAUUCGUCAUUCCGCUACGAAGCCGUCAAUACUCGUCUAAACGGCACUGGUCAGUAGCGUCUGAAGGUGCCGUAUAACCUUAUCUGAGACCUUGAGGCUCCGCAAGAUUCCAGGGAUACCUGUGUUGAGGCUCUAUGGGCCAUAAGGGGACAGCUUCUGGACGUCAGCUGUUGCCGAGCAAAGCUUGAUUCAAUAUGUUACUGGAAUAGAAGAAGUAAAUUUUUUAAUUGAUGAAACUCAAGUUGAUAUGACAUAUCCUGACCUUUUUUCUUCGCUGUCUGAAGGGACGCACUUGCUUGGAUCAACCACUCAGGGUAUCACUGGUAAGACUCCAUUCAGUCAUUCGAAAAGCUCGUCCUUUUGCUUAUUGGCAAUGAGUGUGCCUUAAUUCGCUGUUCGUCAUUUGUAGACACGCAACUUCAUAAUCGACGGUUGAGAAUCUCUCGCCAGUAUGGCAUCAUGAGAAAGUGGAGAAAGCAAUUAAAAUCAUGCAUUGUGUAUGGCUCAAUAUGGUUGCAUCACCAACGAAAUGUUACAAUGGCGGGGUUGAAGAGACGUCAACAUCCAAGAUAAAGCCUUCAUCGUCAAUCAUUCUUGAAAUUACCUCUCAUCAAAUCCCGUUGUAAAGAAUCCAUCAAUCGACAUAUUAAAAUGGCCAUUCAGAAAGUCGCAGUCGUUGGAGGUUCUGGCCUCAUCGGAUCAAAAAUCGUUGACAGUCUCCUCAAAGCUGGCUUCGAAGUGACAGCUAUCACCAGAAAUGAGUCCUCUGCAACAUUUCCUAGCAAAGUGGUCGUGAAGCGGGUCGACACCACCUCCGUCGACUCAGUAAAGGAAGCCCUGGCUGGUCAAGAUGCGAUCGUAUCAGCCGCCGCAACUGCUGCUGCCGGAAGCCAGAAGGUCAUUAUUGAUGCCGCUAUUGCAGCUCAAGUUCCACGAUUUAUUCCAUCAGAGUUCGGAAUUCCGUCUCGUCAGAAUCGCGACACCAAGAUUGGAAAAAUUCUCAGUGCGAAGAUCCAAAAUACUGACUACUUGAUUGAACUUGCUGAGAAGCAUGAUUGGUUCUCCUGGACUGGCCUCUCUAAUGGAUUGUUCCUUGACUCGGGGCUCAAAAGUGACAGGGGAUUCAUCAACAUCAGAGACCACAAGAUUCGCAUCACCGACUCAGGCAACGAACCCUAUUCCACAACUUCACUCGCCUUCGUGGGCGAAGCUGUAGUUGCUAUCCUGAAGAAGCCAGAAGAGACAAAGAACAAGUAUCUCAACAUCGCCGGUGUUACGACAACUCAGAAUGAAGUUCUGAGGAUUGUCGAGAAGCUCACUGGUGACAAGUUUGAGGUUUCUCAUGCCACUGGCGCUGAGCAGGAGAAGAUUGGAGACGAGAAGAUUGCCAAAGGAGACUUUAGUGCCUUUGGUAAUUAUCUAGAGCAGUUCCUCUUUGCCGAUGGUGCUGGCCAUGCGUUGAAGGGUGACGAGAAUGCGAUUGGGUUGCUUGGGCUGAAGGAGGAGAAUCUCGAGGGGGUUGUCAAGAGUGUCGUAGCUGAGAUUAAGUAAAGUUGAGAGAGGCGGUGAUUCAAGUAUCCAAUUUACGCAUGAGGGUCGAAUACGAAUUAAAUAAGAAAUAAUUGGUAUAUUUGUAGCCAGAUGCAUCGUUACGUUUACUUCCUAACGGAAGAGUCAAGAAAGCGAAUGGCGUUCCUGAGACUCCCAACGUUAGGAAUACCAUCCGCCUCCGGCUU